UCUCAGUCUCAGUCUUACAAUCUCGCCAAAAUGUCAGCAAAGAACUACGACCGCGCCAUCACCGUCUUCUCUCCCGACGGCCACCUCUUCCAAGUCGAGUACGCACUCGAGGCUGUUCGCAAGGGCACUGCAGCGGUCGGCGUUCAGGGCAAAGACAUUGUCGUGCUUGCUGUCGAGAAGCGAUCGACCGUCAAGCUGCAGGAGCCCCGCACCGUUCGCAAGAUCUGCGUCUUGGAUGAUCACGUCUGCAUGACGUUUGCUGGCCUCACCGCCGAUGCCCGCGUUCUCGUCAACCGAGCACGAAUUGAGUGCCAGAGCCAUCGUCUCACCGUUGAAGACCCCGUCACUGUCGAGUACAUUACCCGUUACAUUGCUGGCGUUCAGCAGAAAUACACACAAAGCGGUGGUGUUCGCCCCUUCGGCAUUUCCACCCUCAUCAUGGGCUUUGACUAUGACGGCACUCCUCGCUUGUACCAAACAGAUCCCUCUGGCACAUAUUCCGCAUGGAAGGCCAAUGCAACCGGCCGCAGCUCAAAGACCGUGCGCGAGUUCCUCGAAAAACACUACACUGACGCCGUGGCCGGAAAUGACGACGAGGUCGUUCGACUGGCCAUCCGCGCGUUGCUAGAGGUGGUGCAAUCUGGCGGCAAGCACAUUGAAAUUGCUGUCAUGCGUCGCGGACAACCACUCGAAAUGCUGGCACAAGAGCAAGUUGAUACCAUUGUCGAGGCUAUUGAGAAGGAGAAGGAGGAAGAGGCCGAAAAGAAAAAGUCCAAGAAGUGAGCACUUUUCUUCCUCUCCGUUCGAGCAAUGACGUGUUGUUUUAUUUUUGUCCGGUUGUUAUGAAAAAAAAAAUGAACAGAUUGUGUUGACAAG